CGAAUCAGCGAGUACAGACUUGUGCCUAGACGAAUGCGAAACAUCGGGUGGAGUCGCCACGAUCCUCCAUCUUCUGGCUCAAACACGAAUGCUAGAGUCUGUGAAAUUGCGCAUAUUCCUAACCAGCCGACCUGAUACGAGGACUGAGACCAGGUUUGACGACAUACCGCAAGAAAAGCGACGGUGCUUCAAGCUCCACAAUAUAGACGCGGAGAUCAAAUCCGGUGGUCUCUUCAUAUGGGCCGCGACUGCAUGCAACUUUGUCGGUUCAGACAGCCGUUUCUCCCGCCAGCGACUGAGUCACCUCCUCAACGAUAGCAUUUCCAUUGACGACCCAAAGUCGGAGCUAGACAAGAUUUAUCUCACCGUCCUUUGGAGUACCGUCUCAGAGCGACACACGACUGAAAAAAAAGUGUUCAUCUAUAGCAUCGUUCGACUUAUCUUAGGAACAAUGGCUGUGCUCGUUUCUCCACUUCCGGUAGUUGGACUAGGCGCCUUGUACCAAUCCGAACCCCGGUCAUCUGGCGUCAAACGCCCAGAGUACAAAACUAUCAGUAACCUUGAUAUUCAUCUUAACCUCAGGCACUUGAGCGCGAUUGUCGAUCUUCCUGAAGAUGAUCAUCUGCCCCUUCGACUUCACCAUCCCACGUUGCGUGAAUUCAUAUUGGAUGAAGUGAGAUGUACCGAGCAAGCAUUUCAUGUAGACACGAGGCAGACGCAUCUCACCUUGGCUGGGUGCUGUGUGAACAUCAUAUCCCAAUCAUGGGCGUGUUCCCCACCUGGACAGGGGAUCUUCGGCUUGGAUAACCCUGCUGUUGCUGUGACCGAUGUUAGCCGGAGCCAAUUGGAGCAGUGGCUACCAGCUGGCGUGCGCUAUGCAUGCCUUUACUGGGUCCACCACCUACAACAGAGCGGUGCCAAAAUACAUAAGAACGACUCCAUUGAUCUCUUCCUCCGAAAAAAUCUUUUACAUUGGCUAGAGGCUCUUAUUUGGAUGAGACUUUCCGAUGGAGUUCGUGCCAUCGCCUCCCUGGAAUCCAUGACGAUUAACCCCAGUGUCGACGCAUAUAUCCAUGACGCGAAGCGAUUUACGUUAUCUAGCCGAUAUACAAUCGAACCAUAUCCCUUACAAAUAUACUUGAGUGGGCUUGUAUUUGUGCCAGCACAGAGCACAGUCAGGCUUCUCUUUAAGAAGGAAGCAUUGCACUGGAUGCAUCGGAUGCCAUCGAUCUCUGCAAACUGGAGCCUUUUACUGCAGAGCCUGAGCGGUCGUGUGUGGUCAAGUCGCGCUUUGGCUUUUUCCCCUUGCGGAAAGAUCUUAGCAUCGGCCGCAAUUAGAGGAGCGAGCAAGAUAGUGGAAGUAUGGGACCCCGUGACGGGGGAGCUUCUGCAGGCCAUUGACUUGCCAGACCUAGCGGUGUUUGUUGGGUUCUUGAGAGAGGAAGAGAGAUUAGUGGUAGUGUCAGGUGGCGGAACAAAUCGUGACCAUCACAUCCAACAACGAGAUCCUUGGACUGGGGAAUGCUUGCAGGAAUCGAGCAUCCCCGCUGAAAUCGGUAUAUUUGGGGCAGUUGCUCUGUCGGAAGUUGGAGAGUUGCUGGCACUGAUGGUUGACUCACGUACGAUACAAGUUUGGGACGUGCUUUCCGGCUGCUGCAUCCGACGGCUUACUGGCCACGAAAGUGAGAUCAUACAUGCCGUGGCAUCGAAAGACGGUUCAGUCCUGGCCUCAACAACGGUUGAUGGAGCUAUCUAUAUGUGGGACACCUACAAGGCCCAGUGUUUACAGGUAAUACAAAAUCGGCACUAGUCAGCGUUGUUCAAAUCUGCUCUCUCCAACGAUGGCAAUAUCUUGGCAGUAAUCUCAGAUGAUGGCAUACUCCAACUCUGGCAGCCGACAACAACUAACCUUCUCCGGGUUCUGAAAGUCCAAAGUGCACC